AUACGAAAUAAUGGAAGCUCCAAAUUAUAUGAAUUCACAGUAUCCUUACUAUUCCCAGACAACUAUCUCUCCCCAAGUUGGCUACUCAGAUUGAAAAACAGGAACAGAUACCAGAAACUACUUCAACAAAAGCUCAACUUUGAAUCAGAUAAGUAUGGCUGCUCAUAAGGACCAAUUACAAAAAGAAAUUAAGAAUUUGAUUGGUGCAUACUGAGCUUGAUCUCCAGAGAUUCAAAAAAUGCUCAAUAUUCCAGAUUCUCAUUGCCAAGAAGCCUCAGUACAAAAAGUACAAGAUAAUAUUGGAAUGAGUAUCUCAUCCAAUUAUGAAGAAGAGAAAUACUUAACCAGAGAUGCUAGUGUGUUAAAUGAUUCAUGGAAAACUAGAAACAUCAUCCAAAAUGAAACCUCACAAACCAACGUCGAAAACCUCCAAGCCCUUGAAGGCUACCCCUACUCCUCCGCAGUGCAGACCAACUCCAAGAACGGUAAAAUGAUCAUGGUCUACAAGUGCGAGUUCAACGAGUGCCACAAAACAUUCAUGAGGACCUGGAACCUGCUUGACCACAUCAGGAUGCAUUACGGAAUCAGACCCUAUGUGUGCAAGUUCUGUGGCAAAGGCUUUACUCAGAAAGGCAACAUGCGCAAGCACCUGAUCCAACAUGAGAAGCCUCAUCUGAGCAUCCGCAAGAAGUUUAAGUGCGAGUUCUGCAGCAGCAGCUUCACCGAAAGGUACAACUACAGAACUCAUGUGGAGAAGAAGCAUGGAAUCAGUCCAUUAAUUCCACAUUUCAAUGGGAGCAUUCAGAAUAACAUGCACUACAGCUCUUAAUUCUAAUUGCUGAUAAAAGUCAUUUUCAAA